AGGUCUGCCUGUGGCCUGUUCAAUCACAAAGCCAGCCACCUUUCAUUCUUAAACUCUAUCAUGUCACUGAGCGGUGAAUCAGAUAAACGUGUAGAUCCAACAACUAACAAGGUAGUACUGGUCGGCGAUGAAACAGUUGGAAAAACGUCAAUGUUCCUCAGAUUUAAAACUGAUCGUUUUAUAGAGACAACAUCUUCCACUCGGUACCUAGCAGAGCAUUACAAGGAAUGGACUGUGAGGGGUACAAAAGUACAGAUGACACUCUAUGACACAGCAGGCAUGGAGAGAUACACAUCGACAAUCCCACCCACUUACUUCAGACACGCAAGAGCAGUCAUACUAGUGUAUGCAGUUGAUAAUCAAGAGAGCAUUGGUAAUAUAAGGAACUGGUCUGAAAGCUUCAGUAAGCACAGGAUUGGAGAUACAGUAGAUUCACUCAAAGUUUUACUGGUUGGUAACAAGGUUGAUCUCAAUAGGACAGUGAGUGCAAAUAGAGUCAAUGAAGUUGCUGAAUUUUGUGGAAUAGACAAUAGUUUAAAGUAUGAGAUAUCGACUAAGAAUAAUGAUGGUGGAUUUGAUGAACUCUUUGAUGAUCUGGCCUAUUUACUGAGUGAUACUCCAAUAGAGAGAAGGAAGACCAUUAGAGCAACUAGUAGUCCUGAUGAUGAAGAAAUGAAAAAGAAGAAGGCUUUGUGUUCAAAAUGUAGUUAGUAUUAUACUUAUUAAUUAAUAAUUAUUAAUUGAUUUUUAUUGUAACAAUGUCCAUUUACAUUCCAUGAUACUGAUUCUUAAUACCUUAAAA